AUGGUAGAAAUGUGUAAUAGUUUCAGAGACGUGUUGAAGAAACGAUGUAAAGUCAUGUCAUCUAUAGAUAUUAUUCUGUUACUGUAUUAUAAAUCAGUUUGUGAGGAGAUAUCAGGGAAAGAGAUAUCAGGGGAAGAGAUAUCAGGGGAAGAGAUAUCAGGGAAAGAGAUAUCAGGGGAAGAGAUAUCAGGGAAAGAGAUAUUAGGGGAAGAGAUAUUAGGGGAAGAGAUAUUAGGGGAAGAGAUAUCAGGGGAAGAGAUAUCAGGGGAAGAGAUAUCAGGGGAGCAGAUAUCAGGGGAAGAGAUAUCAGGGGAAGAGAUAUCAGGGUUAAUCUAA